AUGUUCUUGGCUACGUCUAAGGCGGCGGGGGCGGCGCCGCGUCUUGCUAGUUGGACCGGCGUCUUCGGCUGGCGCGCGCGUCCGCCCCACCCCGCAAGAAAGCGUCGCGACGCUCAAGUUUUCCACCAAGAAGUUAGUCGUCGCCCGCCCGCGUCUCAAGAAGCGCUGCAGGAGAGGUACAGGGACCUCCAUGAAUAUCGGAAGACGGAAGCGAUAGAGGAGGGCUCACCCAGGGAGGCUAAAGUACCGAAAAUAGCUGAAGAAGGCGAACAGGUCGGCGGCGAGGGCGCCUUCGAGCCGAGCGCCGCGCCGCCGUUCCCUAGGCUCCUCGACCCUCCCAAAGAGGAGGAUAACUUCGUGGCCAGCUGGCUACAAAACUCGUUCAAAAUGACAGCAGCCGAAGGGAACAACGAAGCUUCCGCUGGUGGCAGCGCGCUAGACCUUCGCGCUGCCCCUCUAUCUCUCCACAUACCAACAUUGCAGCAAGCGGCUGAGGCGCAGAGGCACUUCAAAAUGCAGGACUUUUGGAACAGAAGCCGGCCUGGUUCUCCUACCCAGGAUCAACUAGGAGAAGGUCACAGCCAGCCAGGCCCGGCUCCUCCUACGCCGCAGCCGCCAGCGACCCCAGACCACAAGAUUAUGACUGAAAAGCUGGUGAAUGAAAUUCAGCAACAGCAAUCACCGUCAGCCGACUCCACGAUGAGCGAGAGAUCACUCGUACCAUUUGCGCUGCCGCAGCAGCAGUCGCCGACCGGGGACACACCGAUAGGUGAUCGCAACGCGAUGUUGCCCUUCGCUCUGGUAAAUUUCCUGAAUAGCCUGAAUAUCGAUCAACAAGCACGGUCAGGGCAGAGCAUCAGCGAGCGAACGCUUGAGGAGUGCUGGUCGACACUGCAGCGAGUGAGUUGGCAUCUGUUUCAAUGUGUAUUGUUAUCUUCCAAGGGUAGGGGAUGCGUGGCGGUGACUGUGUAUAAUGUUCUUAUUUCCGCGUUCAAAUCAUAG